ACAUGGGGCUGCUGGGCGAGCUGCACGAGGCCCUCUCGCGCGCCGGAGACGCGCGGGUGCGCGACUGGCCGCUGCUGGGCAGCCCACUGCCGCUGCUGGCGCUGCUGGCCGGCUACCUGUGGGUGGUCAAGGUGGCGGCGCCGCGCCUCAUGCGGGGCCGCGCGCCCUGCCGCCUGCGCGCGCCCGUCGCCGCCUACAACCUGCUGCAGGUGCUGGCCAACGCCUGCCUCUUCCACGGGUUGCUGACGAAUGGCUGGACGAAGAACUUCAACCUGGGCUGCUACAUGCCCGACUACUCCGACAAUCCCGAGGCGCUGAAGAUGGCGACCCUUGUGUGGUACGAGCUGUGUCUCAAAGUGGUUGACCUCAUCGAGACGGUGUUGUUCGUGCUGCGCGGCAAGGAGAAGCAGGCGUCUUUCCUGCACGUGUACCACCACGUGGCCACGGUGCUCAUAGUCUACACCGGGGCCAAGUUCGUGCCAGGAGGGUACGCCACCUUCGCCAUGCUGGUGAACAACCUGGUGCACGUGCUCAUGUACUCCUACUACCUGGUGACGGUGUGCGGGCCGCGCGCGCGGGGCGCCCUCGCCCGAGUCAAGCGCUACCUCACGCUCCUGCAGAUGGUGCAGUUCGUGCUGGUGGCGGUCCACUAUGUGAAUGUGAUGGUGCGGCCCGACUGCCCGGCGCCCAGGUUCAUACACUACAUGUUCCUGCCCUACAUCGGCCUCAUGUUCUACCUCUUCUACGACUUCUACCGGAGUGCCUACCGUCCGGGCAAGGACAAGCUCUGACCGAGGCACCUGGCUGACAAGUGUGCUUCCAGCUGGAUUCGACUGCGUCCUGAGCUGCCCCGAGCGGCACUGCAUCACUGACAAGCACUCCGAACGGCAGCCUUUGUGCGUGUGUGUGUUGUUCCCGUGCUUCGUCUUUUUCAUUAAGUUUACUAAAUGUUUAAAUACAAACGGACUGUGCACAUUCGUGUUAAUCACACUUAAAGCAGCUUGGCAUUGCUGCGCCAGGUUACACUAAUGCACCAGGCUGCACAGUUCUUCGGAGACAAGACUGUAAUGUUGCUGAAACUGGAGCGUGCCGUAAAAUGUUUCACCUGUUACAGCAGUGCGACUUGCAAAGAUAUGUACACAAACUCCUUGCGCUUCGGUGCAUGCAAACUAUCUGCUUAGUCAUUGACAAAAAACCAAAUGAUAAACUAAAAUUUAUUUUUGUAUGAGCUAAUUCAUUGAAAUUACACCUUGAAAAAUGUAAAUAAACAAUCACUUUCUGAU